UAUAAUCGUUCUGAGGGGGACCUUGCUCUCCAGUGCACAUUUCCUGUUGAUUGGAAUAUUAUGGAAUGUCAAAAGCGUAGCUUGUGAUCAUGCAAAGUAUUUCAAAUAUUGGCUAUCUGACACUUUGCUAGACGUUCGAAUGUUGGCAAAAAGUUGUGGGACCAAAAUUUGUUUUCUGUGCAUGGAUGGAAAGCCAAUGCGCAGGUUUUCCUGACAUGACCCUCCAGCAUGACAAUACCACCACGCACAGAACGAGCAGUAUGACUGAUUUCCUGCAAGACAGGAAUGCCAGUGUUCUGCCAUGGCCAGCGAAGAGAUCUUGAGGGCUAGGGCCAGCUGAAGAGACCUCGGAUUGCGAGCUGAAGAGACAUUGGAUUGCACCCUAGACCACCAGGGUACCAGCGCACGCCCAGACAACACCGGAAUGGACAUCACCGCACGCUGCACACUGGGUGAUCCCAACAAGCUCCCAGAGGGUGUGCCCCAGCCGGCACGCAUGCCCUAUGUGUCUGACAAGCACCCUCGCCAGACAUUAGAGGUCAUCAAUCUGCUACGCAAGCACAGAGAACUGUGUGAUGUCGUGUUGGUGGUCGGCGCCAAAAAGAUCUAUGCCCACAGAGUGAUCCUUUCGGCCUGCAGCCCUUACUUCAGGGCCAUGUUCACAGGCGAGCUGGCCGAGAGCCGUCAGACAGAGGUUGUGAUCCGGGACAUUGAUGAGCGGGCCAUGGAGCUGCUCAUUGACUUUGCCUACACUUCGCAGGUUACCGUUGAGGAAGGCAAUGUGCAGACAUUGCUGCCCGCCGCUUGUCUGUUACAGCUGGCCGAGAUUCAGGAGGCUUGCUGCGAGUUCCUCAAGCGCCAGUUGGACCCCUCAAAUUGCCUGGGUAUCCGUGCCUUUGCUGACACCCACUCUUGCCGCGAGCUGCUGCGGAUAGCUGACAAGUUUACACAGCACAACUUUCAAGAGGUGAUGGAGAGUGAGGAGUUCAUGCUGCUUCCAGCCAACCAGCUGAUAGAUAUAAUCUCCAGUGACGAACUGAAUGUGCGAAGUGAGGAGCAGGUUUUCAACGCAGUCAUGGCCUGGGUCAAGUACAGCAUUCAGGAGCGCCGUCCACAGCUGCCACAGGUCCUCCAGCAUGUUCGUCUUCCUCUUCUGAGCCCAAAAUUCCUGGUGGGAACGGUAGGAUCAGACCCUCUCAUCAAAAGUGAUGAGGAGUGCAGAGACCUGGUUGAUGAGGCAAAGAAUUACCUGCUCUUGCCCCAAGAGCGCCCUCUAAUGCAAGGGCCAAGAACACGCCCUCGGAAGCCCAUCCGGUGUGGAGAAGUGCUGUUUGCAGUUGGCGGGUGGUGCAGUGGGGAUGCCAUCUCCAGUGUCGAACGAUACGACCCACAGACCAAUGAGUGGCGCAUGGUGGCUUCCAUGAGUAAGAGGCGCUGUGGAGUGGGUGUCAGCGUCCUUGACGAUCUUCUCUAUGCUGUUGGCGGCCAUGACGGGUCCUCAUAUCUCAACAGUGUGGAGAGGUAUGACCCCAAGACAAAUCAGUGGAGUAGCGAUGUAGCUCCCACAAGCACAUGCAGGACCAGUGUGGGUGUGGCUGUCCUGGGAGGGUAUCUGUAUGCAGUAGGGGGCCAAGAUGGAGUAUCCUGCCUCAACAUUGUUGAAAGAUAUGACCCCAAGGAGAACAAAUGGACGCGCGUGGCCUCGAUGAGCACCAGGCGCCUGGGUGUAGCCGUGGCUGUACUGGGGGGCUUCCUCUAUGCAGUGGGAGGUUCAGAUGGCACGUCCCCUCUCAAUACAGUAGAAAGGUACAACCCCCAGGAGAACCGCUGGCAUACCGUCUCUCCCAUGGGCACCAGGAGAAAACACCUGGGCUGUGCAGUGUACCAGGACAUGAUCUACUCCGUAGGAGGCCGGGACGACACCACCGAGCUGAGCAGUGCUGAGCGCUACAACCCCAGGACCAACCAGUGGUCAGCUGUUGUAGCCAUGACUUCAAGACGUAGUGGGGUUGGACUAGCAGUGGUAAAUGGCCAGUUAAUGGCUGUGGGUGGCUUUGACGGGACAACGUAUCUCAAAACAAUAGAGGUCUAUGAUCCUGACGCUAACACAUGGAGGCUCUAUGGUGGAAUGAACUAUAGGCGACUUGGAGGAGGGGUUGGUGUUAUCAAAAUGACUCACUGUGAAUCACACAUAUGGUAGCACCUCCAGGUCAAAGGCCUCACCGUCGCAUGUGCCUCCGAAAUAAACAUUGUUUAUCAUGCAAGGAACGAAGUCUAUAUUAACUGUAACACAGCCAUGUUAUUGGCAAGCCAAGGAAAUGUAUUGUGACUACAAGCUUUACUGUUCCUGUGUCAAGUCUGGAAGGCUUAUCUUGGAGCCUACGGUUCAUCUCUCUUCUGUACUUCCUGUAUUAUGACUUGACUGGCCAAGGCCAAGAGGAACUAACUCUGAAUAGAUCAAUCACAUGAACUAUUGUUUGAUAUCAUGGGGGGAAAACCCUUCAUUUCCUCUUUUUCGGUUACUGAAAUGAAUACUGCAGCCGCACUUUAAGAUACAAUUCAGAUUUUUGCUGUGGUACCGGUUAUACUUUACCAACGUUUAGUUUCCUUUGAAAUAUUAAAUGGGGCAUGAAGAAGAAUCUUCAAAUAGAAUUGAAGGUGCAGGAUGUGGUCUCACUGCUUCCCUUGAUCCUCGUUGUGAAAAGUGGAUGAACUUGUUAGGCAGUUGUUUUAAAUCUAUAAAUGAAAUGCACUGUGAUAAUUUCUUGUUGCGGUUUUUAUUAGUUUGACACACUGAGCAUAACCUGGAGUUCUACGUUCACAACUGGGGUCAAUUGUUGGUACGGUGGCACUUACACAAUAUUACAACUGUUUCAUACAAGAUUGUUGCCCAUUUAAGGCUGACAAUGGAUAUACAUUUUUUUGGAGCAACUUUUUUUUAACCUUAUAGGACACAUUUGAGACAGUCUUGCACUUUAAUCGAGGAAUUAGUUCAUCUAACACACAGUAAGGAAUAAUGAACUGGUUGAUGUAUUAUGCACCCCUUCAUUGGUGACCAUGCAAAACAGAUGGACAUUCAGUAAUAUGCUUAGACAUUUUUUUAAUUAUGUAAACCCUGAUGAAUCUAAUGUUACUGCUAUUGAGCAAAAUAUACAAUCAUGCAUUUUACAAUCAUGCAAACUCAACCCCUGUAGAUAUGUUUUCACCCAACUGUGUCAGAUUAUGCAAGUAAUUAUUAACCUGACCAAAUAUUUUGAAGAUUAAUGUAUCCCUUUGGCUGUGUUCAGAGCCCAAUUCUGAUUUUUUUUUUUUCUACUAAUUGGUCUUUUGACCAAUCACAUCAGAUAUGUUUAAGAGCUAACCAGUGGCUGCAUCUACACAGGCAGCCCAAUUGUUUUCCACAAAUUGGUCUAUUAACCAAUCAAGUCAACUGUGAAAAGCUGAUUGGUAAAAAUACCAAUAACUGGAAAAAAAUAUCAGAAUUGGACUGCCGUUGUAAACGCAGCCUUUCACAAAAGUAUGGAACCAUUGAGGGCAAAUGUAUGGGUGCUUUAUUUCUCCCCUAUUAGAUGACGUGGAAUUGUCUGUACUGACAAAAUACCCCAUGCUGUUAAUAAAAACACUUUAUUUCAAA